AUGGCCGAGUUCCAGGAAAAGGUGCGCUUUAUUGAUAUCGGACUCGACGACACGGCUACGAUCCGCUUGGUUGAGGGAAUCAAGGACACAGAUGUAAAAUACAUUACCCUCAGCUACCGGUGGACCGCGGAAACACCAAAUACCAAUCUGAAAACCGGCAUCAAGGACAAAUACCAUAAAUCGAUCUCUACGGAGAACUGGCCUCAAAUAUACAACGAUGUCGUUGCUUUAUCUCGCGCCCUCGGUAUACGUUAUGUAUGGAUCGAUUCGCUUUGCAUCAUCCAGGAUGACGGAAAAGACUGGAACAUUCAAGCUUCGUUGAUGCAUCGCAUUUAUGCCCACGGCUACCUCAACCUAGCUAAUGCAUGUGCCGAAUUCUCACCAGGCCUUGAGGUCACCCGGGACCCACUCUCCGUCUCGCCCUGUGUCAUUUCCCGUACUCGUACAGAUGGCUCGAGGGAAUACUGGGCUUGUUUUAGGAACUUCAAUCCGACUGAAGCUCUCUCAUUUGCUCCACUCUACUCGAGAGGAUGGUGCUAUCAGGAGAGGUUUUUAGCUACGCGCACUAUUCAGUUUAGCCAGCAGCUCUACUGGGAGUGCAAAGCCGGGCACGCUUCUGAAUCGUUCACAGGAGAGAAGGGAUUGGCUUGGUCCAGGGAUUCCGCGAGCCAACACCCAGAUAUACUCACAUCUGUGGAUCAAGCCAGCGACAGACGUCUUUCCAGUGCCCUGGGUGCGAGCGUGGAGCGCGACUGGUGUGUAGCGGGGCUGUGGAAGAAACAUCUGACACGGCAGCUGAUAUGGGGCCGUGUUUCGCGUCGUUAUGGUCACUAUAACGAGUUUGAAAAGAUCCGGGAUACCGCAUACUACAUAUCACUCGAAAAUCAACUCGAUGGCUUCCCAUCGUGGUCUUGGGCUUCAUGUCCAACCUCCCCGGACUCAUCCUUCAUCACUUGGCCGGGUUAUACAGGAGAAGGACACUAUGAAUCUCUGGUGGAGAUUGAGACCAUCAUUCCACUCAACUACCAAGCCCUCGACCUUGGCUAUCCUGGCUUCGAGUCCGCCACAAUGAUCUUGCGCACCCCGUUCGACUUCCUCGGUUUUGACGCGGAACAACUUCUCUCAAAAUGGGAGUCCUGGUAUUCUUCGUGCAACGUUGACGCCCGAGAGCCUAACGGUGACAAGUGCCGAUUUCAAGUAUCGAUAGACCUCGACCGGCCAAUACUAGGGGUUGUCAAGAAAGAAGAUCUGCGGCUGCUCCCUAUCAUCAUGGAAUACCAAGCUGGAGGGUGGGAUACCGUACGCAUCCAGGGUAUUCUCCUAGAGACUUUGGGUGUAGAGGAAGGCUUACCAACAUUUCGCCGGAUGGGCAAGUGGUCGCAUAUCUACUGUGCGCGCACACACCCAAGCCCAAUUCCGGGAUUACUGGGAUACUUUGACAACGAGGAGCGUCUCGGGAUUGAACUAGGAGAGUUCAGAAAGCGGCGUGAAUCACUUCCAUUCCACAGGUAUAAGUUGGUAUAGGUCAUGUAGAUUCACAUAUGAGUGCGCCGCCCCUUGGAAAUGGGAGUGCUCUGCGCACAUCAACGGUAGAGUAGGUAUUUUCUACCGCUCGCGGAAAUAAACAAGCCAUCCCUCAAC